UUACCUCCCCUGAAAAAGGAAGUAGACUUUGACCCACAGCUGUCGACUGUCAACACAAAACAUGCCUGUUUAUUAAUGUGUUAUCCGAGUAGGAUACAGGUGAAGAGUCUACACAGUCCUUGAACGAGAUUGCAGACACUUCGCUGAUAAUACUCCGUACAUUCUUGUGACUUAGAGCUUCCCCUUGCUACAACAAAUAAACAGCCAUGGUUGACGCAUUGAUGUUGUCGGACACCGAGAAGACGUUUCAGUACACGGAUGAACUUCCUUCUCUCCCCAUCCCUCCUCUGAAGCAGACCCUGGACAAGUACCUUGAAUCAACCAAGCCCUUUGUGACAGAUGAAGAAUAUGGAGAGACUGAGAGAAUUGUGAGAGAGUUUGAAGCUGGUCUGGGCAAAGAACUUCAUCUGAAACUUUCUGAGAAGGCCAAGUACAAGAGGAACUGGUUGGAGAAGUGGUGGGAGGAUUAUGCGUACCUGGAAUGGCGGAUGCCGUCUGCUCUCCUGGUCAACAUGGCGGGGCCCGGCCCGUACAUGCGGGACAUCUGGCCGGCAAAGGACGGUACCCAGUUGGAGCGGACGGCCCUGCUCCUGCAUUACAUGGUCAAGUUCUGGCAGAUCCUCAGACAAGAGAAAUUACGCCCACAGAAGGAUGGCCAGGGGAAACCACUCUGUAUGUUCCAGUUUCAUCGUGUGUACAAUACAUGCAAAAUACCGGGACUGACCAUGGAUAAAAUACAGUAUUACUUUCAAACAGAGACUGAAGGCCCAGCCCCCUCCAAUGUUAUUGUGACAUGCCGAGGUCACUACUUCACCCUGGAGUGUCUCGACUCGGAGGGUGAGGUCAAAACACAGCCGGAAUUUCUUCAUCAUCUGAAGGCCAUUCGAGAGAAGUGUGAUCAGAUGCCACGUGGGCAGGCCAUCGGGAACCUCACCACAGACGACCGCACCGAAUGGGCCAAGAUGAGGAGCCGCCUUAUUGCCAGGCAUCCAAAGAACUAUGAGAAUCUCGAGAAAAUCCAGCAGUCUAUAUUCCUGUUGGACCUGACUGACGAGAGUCCAUCCGAUGCCAGUGAGCUUGCGUGGCGGGGACUAGGUGGUAAUGCAGACAACAAGUUCUUUGAUAAAUCCCUCAACAUUUCUGCUCACAAGAACGGACUGUUCUGCUCCAACUGUGACCAUGCUCCGUUUGACGCCAUGGUGCUGGUGGUGAGCACGUACUAUGUCCAUGUCAAGAUGCAGGAGGUCGAUGGCAAGUGGCAGGGCAGCACAGCUGUAAGACAGUUACCUCCCCCUGAAGAACUCACGUUUGACCUUGAUGAUGUCCUCCAACAGAGGAUCAAGUUCACGAGAGAUGCAUUUAAAGAACUGUGUGCCACUGUGGAGGUGAAGACAGGGCUGUUUACAGACUACGGCAAACAAUACUUGAAGUCGGUCAAAGUUCACCCCGAUGCUCACGUACAGAUGGCGCUGCAACUCACAUACUUCAGGAAGUACAGAAAACCUGCCCCGACAUAUGAGACGGCGACAACCCGGCGUUUCUACCACGCUCGCACUGAGACGAUGAGGUCUUGCACAGUGGAGGCGGUAGAUUGGUGUAAAUCCAUGCUGGAUGCUCGUGUCAGUUCCCAGAAGCGCCUGCAGCUGUUUCUCCGAGCCGUGUCCCGACACCAGCAGCUGAUGACGGAGUCCCAGGACAUGAACGGCUGUGACCGCCAUCUGUUUGGCCUCUACUUGACCGCCAAGGAGGAGGGACUGCCCAUGCCCGACAUCUUCACAGAUGCUACUUUCUUCAAGAGUGGCGGGGGAGGUAAUUAUGUGUUGUCGACAAGCAGUAUCGGCUACACGUCUGUGUACGGCGGAGUGUCCCCCAUGUGUAGGAAUGGAUAUGGCUGCUUCUACAGAAUGGAUUCAGAUGAGAUCGGCACAUUUAUUUCGUCCUGGGUGGAGGACGAGGAAACAAGUGCCAAGGAGUUUACAGUGGAGUUUCACCAGACCCUCAGGGACAUGCAAACAUUACUGGACCACCGCGCCACCUCUGCCAGAUUGUAGGGCGGGCAACUCCUGGCCUACUUCACAUCCUAGCUAAGAUUAUUCCAAGUCCCAUGAUGCCUUACGAUAGCCGUAGCACUUUAUAGAAUGAGUGCAAGCUCAUAGAAAUGCCACUUGCAGAAUAAGAGCAGAUCAUAGCCUUGGUCACUAUCACACAAAUUUAUAUUUAUGCAUCAAAGUGACCGUAUCGCUAGCUCUCCUUUGGGCUUCGAUGACAGCACGUGGAGCCGUACAACCAAUGUAAACAAAGGAUAACUACGCAAAAACAAGUAGA